AUGUCUUCAAGGAUAGAUGCUAAUGAAUAUGAUACUGAAGAUGAAGAAUCGAUACUUCAGCAGAACGUUGAUGAUAGUUUGUACGCUGAAGUAAUGAAAAGUUUAGGAAUUAAUUAUGGUAGCAAUGGCGAAAAGCCGAAACCUAUUGAUAGAGAGUUAUUGCUACAAUUAGUUGAGUUGAAAAAAAAAGAGAUUGGUACAGACUUGGAGCGCUUGAAAGCAGAGAAUUUAAACAAGUUAGAUAUGAUUUUAACGAAAAUCACUGCGUUAAAUUUACCAUCGGAAGUAAUUUUAGCAUUAGUUGAAUCAUCACCAGGUCAGCUGGAAUCUAACUUGGAAAGGAUAGGUGUUGUUCCACUGGUGCCUGCAAAUGGCCAAUUAACUUCUCCAAAGCAACUGCGAAAUUGGCCUCAAGUGACACCUCCUCAAACUCAAGCUCAACCGCCACUCCAAGCUGUACAAUCUCAAAUUCCUCCUCUGAUUCAACAGAGCCAAUUCUCCCCUCAGAGUCUGCCGCAAGCGCCGCCUCAAGGUCCUCCCCAGUUUGUUCCUACUUAUCAUUCUCGUACACUCUCUCAACCUGUAGAGUUAAUGACAUCCCUACAAAAACCUAAUCAACAACCGCUAUUACAACAACAACAACAACAACAACGGCAACAACUUCCACCUCCAAUGCUACCGCCGGGCGGUCAACAACAAUUUUGUCCUCUCCCUAGUUUGAGUGGAUCACAAAUGAAAUACAACUUUCCUCCACCUCCAAUGCCUCCCGAUGCAUCUCCAAAUGCAUCCCUGAGUAAUAAUAGAACAGGGUUAUAUUACCCUCAACGAUAUCAACGACCCAUUAGUUAUGGAUCUCAAAAUAUUCCUCCGGCAAUUUACGAACAAGUACCUCCCCUGCCUAAUUAUAGGAUGGGUCACAAGAGAGCCCAUAGUGCUAUGACCGUUCCAGAAAUGAGUACAUUCACUAUACGUAGGAAUGAACCAAAUGAAAUGCUGGAGAUAGAUGGUAGUAAGAAACCCGGGAAAGUUAGCUUUCUAAUCAAUACUCCCAAGAACCCUCCUAAAUGA